AUGGAUCCUUGUGAACCUUCUACAUCACAAAAAACGUAAGUUAGCUCAUGUUUUCAUCGAUUAUUCCACGUUUAGAUAUGCGACAUUAACAACGGUCGAACCGACUUUUGUUCACAUUGAACCGAUAGAUGUUGCGGCCCAAAGUAUAGAGCAUACUGAAGGAAAUGGAUUUGAAAAUGAAGAAUUGGAGAAUGUCUUUGAUAACGUCAACGAUAUAGCCCAAAUGGGAGAACUUGAAACGGUAAAUAUUAAGUCAAGCAUUAAAAUGUUGUGAUGAACUUUGUUUGUAUUAUAAAUUUUUGUCGAAAGUAGGUAGAAACUUGGGAUUUUAGGGGCAUGUACAACUUUUUAUGCUUUAAAAAACUUCCUUCAGCAAAUUUUAAAAUUUUUAAUAGAUAAACUCUAAGAAACCCAUUGUUUUUUUUGCAGAUGCAACUUCAAGGAAAGCCAGAAGAGGAUGAAAGAUAUCAUACAGCCUAUCUAAAACGUAUCGAGACCAUUCGUGAUGUUAUAGAAGAGAAACCCAUUUCAGAAGCAAAGGAUUGGAACACGGCUGAUUUGGGUGCUCUAUACUUUCGACUUCGACAUUCGAAUUGGAAUGAAUAUAGUGUACAAAAUUGCCUGAGUGUAUUCGAUAAUACAAAGGCGGAAGAGAUCGCUGCCAUCAUAGAUUCGUUGAAAGAAGUUGUUUUAGAGGCUGAAGAGUUGAGAAUUCCUUGGAAAUCUGUCAUUGGAAAGGAAGAUUUGUUAAACGAAAGGACUAAAGGCAAGUUUUUUUGAAUUUUUGUUUGUGUUUUAGGUAUUGAAAUUGAUGUUUAUAUCAUUGGCGUCAAACGGAAGGUAUAAUAACAUCAAAUUCUUGUAGAUAUGAAAGGAAACGAAGAAAAAGCCUUAUCACGCAUCCGAGAUCUGACUAAAAUGAUGUCGAUCAAGAAGAAGACUCCGUUUAUGAUGUCAGAAGUUUUGGCCAAUGCCAUUUCCGAGCUGAAAAGUGAGAAAAAAGCUCAGAAAAGGAAUGCCAAAGGAGAUGAUGCGAAUGCUGUCAGGCUAUCAGAAGAUAUCUUAUCACCUGCUUGUGAACAUACUGGAAAAGUCAAGUAUGAGGCCAUCUACGACUGGCUGGAGAACUUGAGCUUGAUCAAGUCGACUAAUAAGCUCAGAGCGUAAGUUUAAAGUGUAAAACUCUACCUUACAGUAGCUUCCAAAAUCUAAAACACGCUAAUUUCAGGACAGAAAGCGCUGUAGUCCUAAAAAUAAUGGACGAAAUGCAGGAAAUGGUCGAUAAUUCCUUCAACGACCAUGCCGACUUCCUAACUCAAUUCUUUUCCGACCUAACCGACCAGUCGGCAACAGAUCUGUCUUGGGUGGAAAUGCCAGAAUCAGAUCAACUGGCUCAACAAUAUUGGAACUUUUUGAAUUUGCCCGAGGAUUUCUUCGAUUUGUCACAAUAUAUUAACCAGGAGGGGCAUGGUGCUAAGGUGAAGGAUGAGGGUAAUGAUGAGGAUGUAGACGUGGUUAAUAUGGAGGUGGCAGAGGAUGUUAUUGUAGAGUAG